UUUGUAUAUAUUUCUCAACAAAAAUCAGAACUUUCUUUUUUUUCCUGUUAAGUAAAAGAAUUAUUGAUUGUUAUGGGUUAAUAGAAUGAAUUUGAAUUGAAUUUAAUGUUUUUAAUAACAUAAUAAUUUCGAAAUCCAUUGGGAUACUAUUAAAUUAUGUACAAACAUUAAAAUUUUUGUGUUAAUAUUUUGUGAUGAAUGUGAAUCCACUUAAAUCUAAAUCUGCAGUGGACAGAGUCGCCUAAAUGUCUGUCGUCAUGACAACCACAUCUCGAGGCAGAAGUCGAUGGCUUAUAUUUUUCUACAAAUAAUAUAAAUUAUAGUAAGUAUUGAUAUUUGCGAAAUGGGCGAAGAAAUUCAAACAAGUGAUAGCGAUUUAGUAUUCGAGUCAAUAGAAAAUGAAUCCGAAAUAAAAUGUCAAUUUUUAAAAUGUAAUCUCAAAGAAAACGGGACUUCUAGUGCCGAAAGUGCGGAAUCGAAUGAAACUCAAGUUAUUAAGGAUGUUUCCUAUUGUGAUAAUGAAUAUGCUCAGUCUAAAGUUUCAGACUGUGUUGAUGAAAACAUACAGGAAAUACAACUGGCAAAUAAUAUUUUUGUUAAGCAAAAUGAAGAAGGUAAUUGGCUUUUAAGAUGGGACAUUCAAAGAAGAAGUGAAAAAGAUUUUAUAGCGCUUUGUUAUGAAGAUUCUAAUAGUGUUGAGGAGUGUCUCGUUAGGCAAGAAAUUAGGGGUCAAGAACAAAGUACGAUGUGGCUUUUGGAUAUACCUCAAACACAUAAUGACUGCGAAAAAUUAUUAUGUUUUCGUUACUACGACGGAACGUCUUUGGAUUAUAUAGCUCAAUCGGAUCCUUUAAUAAUCAAACAUCCCGUAAAUAAAAUUAAAAAAUUCAUCAAAAUCAAAAAACAGAAGUGUAAUGGUAUAGAAAACGAUGCGUUUCAAGAUGAAAACGAUAUUAUUCAAUCCCCUCAGUUGAAACCUUCAAAUUCGUUGGAAAAUUUGGAUAGUUCGGAACAAAUAAUAUCAGGAGCAAAGAAAAAAUCACCAAACGGCUUGCACAUGAAUACGUUGGGAGGAACCAAGAAAAAAAUUCGAUCGAAAAAUAGUCCAAAAUCGCCGAAAUCUCCUAGUAAGGAUUAUUAUCAGAUUUGGGACGCUUCGUCUUCACCGUCACCUGAAUCGGAAGAUAACGCUUGUGGUUUGGACUUUCCAACUGAACCUAUAGCUCCUCCAUUGCCUCCAAGAACUCUUCACAAGCGUCUAGAAAGGUGUCACGCUUUGGGUACCCCGUUUACACCUCCUGUUGUUUUAAGGCAACAUAAACCUAAGAAAAUUCAGAUGUUAGAAGAUACUUUCGGAUUUGAAUUGAUCGACACCGAUGAGGAACAUAAAUCAGUUGGUACGACUUCCACCUUCGAAGUAGAUAUAGUAUCCAAUGCCAACCUCAAAGUAAAAGCAGGCUUAAUAGAAAACGGCACAAAACUUAUCGGCUGUGAUAAUUACAUUAGUACAGUGUUAAGCAAAAACCGAGAUAUUGAAUCUAGUCCACCCAAUACUCAUUUACCUAUAGAAAAGAAAGAUAGUCAAAGUUCAGUUUCAACUCAAAGUAGCGGAUCUACAUCCGGAUCUAACGGAUCUACAUGCUUAAAUGGAUCAAUAGAGGCUGUAGAAGGAAAUACUAAUACUGAAUUGGCUAAUAAACCUCACAAACCAUUAUCUAGAUUAUUGCAGGAAGUUGAAGCAGGACAUGCUGAAGUGUUCCAUACACCAUUACAUAGACCAAGAACUGAAUGUAAAGAAUUAAUAAGACCUCAACUAAAAGCGUUCCAAAGGGUGGCUCAUACAGUUCCCUGCAGUACAGAUCCAUUAGUCUGCCCACCAACGCCUACGCAUCAUGCAAAAAAAUUAAGAGCUCCAGAACUCCGACCUCCUAAUCUCAAAUCUACCGAUUCAACUGAUGAUGUAAAUGGCGAUACAGAUUGUAGAGAUAAUACAGCAGGUGAUGAUCCUGAUAUGGAAACUUUAACGAUAAGAUUGAAACCUAUUAUGGGUUUAGACAGAGAAGAAACUAGGGAAGCCAAUGGUGAAGCUAGUGGUGGAAUGCCUUUACCUUUGCAGAGAAUAAAUACCACAAGGCUACCUUCAAUUCCAGAAAGAACUCACAGAGCUCUCAUUUUAACAAAAAUGGAAGGGGAUGAAGAACCUUUACCACCCUCAUGGGAAGCACGAAUGGACAGUCACGGUCGAGUAUUUUACAUCGAUCAUGCUACCCGUACAACUUCUUGGACCCGUCCUGGAGGGAGUACUAGUUCAAUUCCACCAGCAGCCGCAGAACAACAUCGAAGACAACUAGAUAGGAGAUAUCAAAGUAUAAGAAGAACAAUAAGCUCUAAUAGAUUAGAUACCGGAGAUAUUUUAACUACAGCUCCUCCUGGAUGUCGCUUGUUAACAAGACCGGAUUUUUUUACUGUUUUACACAUGAAUCAGGAGGCGCUGGCUCUCUAUAACAGGAACCCAACAUUGAGACAUAUGAUAGUGAAAAUAAGAAGAGAUCCCAAUGUUUUUGAAAAAUAUCAGCACAAUAAAGAAUUGGUCAGUCUAGUCAAUUUAUUUGCUGAUUCCAAUCAGGAUCUUCCGAACGGUUGGGAUACAAGGAAGGAUAGGAACGCCAAGCAAUUUUUUAUUGAUCAUACUAACAAGAAAACUACUUACAUCGAUCCUAGAUUACCUUUUGACUUGUUGGCGCCCAGAAGAAUGGUCGAUGAUCAUGCUCCUGCUCCUCCUCCUCGUCCGACAGCAUCAACAACUGUUACUAAUAAUAUUCCAGAAGUUCCAGUGGCAUACAACGAUAAGGUAGUUGCCUUUCUCAGACAACCGAACAUCUUUGAUAUCCUUAGAGAACGACAUCCACCCGUUGGAAAUUCUUCUUCUCUUAGAGACAAGGUUAAUGCAGUUAGAGUGGAUGGUACCAGUGCUUUGGACAGAUUCAGUCAUGAUAUUCACCUGACGAUAUUGCUGAGCCUCUUUGAACAGGAGAUAAUGUCGUAUGUCCCGGCGAUGACUGUAGAAAAUCGCACCAGUUCGUCUACUAGAAGUCCCAGGGGAUCUCCGCAACCGUCUCCUAUAGCAUCUCCGGGACUUAGUAGACACAGGGUUACAGCUCCUCAUAAGAGAGACUUCGAAGCUAAACUUCGGAACUUUUAUAGAAAAUUGGAAAGCAAAGGAUAUGGGCAAGGUCCUGGAAAAUUUAAGCUACACAUUAGAAGGGAUCAUCUUCUUGAAGACGCCUUCAGGAGAAUAAUGUCUGCCAAUAAAAAAGAACUGCAAAAAGGAAAACUUUGCGUAGUAUGGGAUAACGAAGAAGGACUCGACUAUGGAGGACCUUCUCGAGAAUUCUUCUUUCUACUUUCUAGGGAACUCUUCAAUCCCUACUAUGGUCUUUUUGAAUAUUCCGCCAACGACACUUAUACUGUUCAAAUAUCACCAAUGUCUGCGUUUGUUGAUAAUUACCACGAUUGGUUUAGAUUUAGCGGUCGUGUUUUGGGUCUAGCUCUGGUUCAUCAAUAUCUCUUAGACGCUUUUUUCACUCGCCCGUUUUAUAAAGCUUUAUUGCGAUUACCCGUAGCUUUAUCUGAUUUAGAGAGUCUCGAUUUUGAGUUUCACCAAAGUCUUCAAUGGAUAAAAGAACACGACGUAUCGAUGCAAGGAGAACUGGAACUUACUUUUGCCGUAACUGAAGAAGUAUUCGGACAAGUUCUGGAAAGGGAAUUGAAACCUGGUGGAAGAAAUGUACCUGUUACUGAGAAAAACAAAAAAGAAUACUUAGAAAGAAUAGUUCGAUGGCGAUUAGAACGUGGUGUUUCUGAACAAACCGAGUCUCUAGUGCGAGGCUUUUAUGAAGUUGUAGAUCCUAGAUUAGUCAGUGUAUUCGAUGCUAGGGAACUAGAAUUAGUGAUUGCUGGAACAGCUGAAAUCGAUUUAAUGGAUUGGAGGCACAACACAGAGUAUCGUGGAGGAUAUCACGAUCAACAUCCUGUUGUUAUAUGGUUUUGGCAAGCCAUAGAAAGGUUCACUAAUGAACAAAGACUUCGGCUUCUUCAGUUUGUAACGGGUACGUCGAGCAUCCCCUUUGAAGGUUUCUCAGCGCUAAGAGGAUCAAUAGGUCCUCGAAAAUUCUGUAUAGAAAAAUGGGGUAAACCAAACAGUCUUCCAAGAGCACAUACAUGCUUUAAUAGAUUAGAUUUACCUCCGUAUCCAACUUCUGAAGUGCUAUAUGAAAAAUUGUUGCUAGCUGUAGAAGAGACUAAUACUUUUGGAAUAGAAUGAAGAGGCAUUGUGUGUUUAAGCAGUACUAGAGUAAUUAUUGGUCGAAAUGUUACUUGCAUUACUUUUAGAACAUGUUUAAAAUACUUCACAUCUACAAAUACAUAGUGAUUAUAUGAAAUUUGAUUUAUUCACUAUCGCAACACUAAUAUUCACAAUUACACUGUCUGAUGUUCAACUUUGAUGUCUGAAGACGAUGAGCUAGUUAUCGAAACGUACAUCAGAUAAUGUAAUUAUGAGUUAGUAAUCUGAAGGAUUCUAAUUUUUUUCCUCAAAAAAUGAUUACCUUGUAUUUUCAAAAUUGUAAAAAGUAUUUUAUUUCAUUGAUAAAGUUUUGUAAGUGUAACAGUCUGUUAGUACCUUAAGUGCGAUUUUUUUAUUUCAUUGGAAAUAUGCUUUGGGAUAUAAUAAAUAUUUCCGAAUGAGUUAAUAUUUAAGUUAUUUGGAAAAUUUUGGUUCCUGUGCUUUUAGAGCCAGUACUAAGUUAUCAACAUAGUUAUGUCUAGUAAAAAUUGAUAUAAAUAAAACCUCAAAUCAUUGAUACCGAUUUGUCAAUUUAAAAUUAUCAAAAGACGUAACGUUGUUUGAUUCAAAUUUAUUUAAAGGAAGAAUUACUUACCAAAUAAUAAUUUUAAAUAUAUUUUGUACAUAGCUAAUUAUUGUGUAUAGCUAUAAUUUAUUUCGUUUUUACAAUUUUUUUAAUGUUAGAUAUUCAGUCAUAAUUUAUUAACAAAUGUCAGAUCUUUGGAAGUGAAAUUAUUGUAACAGUCUACCUCACAAUGGAUUGAUACAUUUCUUCUUCUUCUGUCUUCCAUAAUAUGUCAAACGCCUGUUCCUUCUUCGAUAUCUUUACUCAUCCUGGCUCUAGAUUGUCUUUCGUGGUCAACCUCUACUUUGUGUUCCAAUUGGAGAUUAAUAUGCAUAGAUAGAAAAAGAGGAGGUCCAGUCCUUUUUAACCACUUUUGAAUUUGCAAUUAGAGGCGCUUAUGAA